CACUUAUGUCAAAUAUGACAGAUUACAACUUCACAUGCGUAAAUAUUUUUUGUACAUAACUCAACGAUUUGAGACACAACAAAAGUAAAUAAGCAAUAAUGGCAAGAGUUACAAGAAUAGCGUUAGAUUUGGCAUUAGAAGCAAGUAAAACUUUGAAACCAGCUUUAGGAAAUGCAUGGCAAUAUGCAAAAACAGAACUUGUACCACCAUUGACAUUAAAUUUCUUUCAUGGACCUAAGGGAAAACAUUUGGAAGAAAGAGUUUCAAAGGCAGCUGAUAAUUUUAUUGCCGGAAUAAAAAAUAGAAUAGAUGAAAUAGAAGCAGAAAAACUGAGGGAAAUAAAACGAAAAGAAGCUGCUGCAAAAGCAUUAGCAGAAAAGAAAAAAGCAGAAGCUAAAAAGAAAGCUGAAGAAGCUAAGAAAAAAGCUGAGGCAACUGCUAAAAAAGCUAAAGUUGCAGCAGAAAAGAAAGCUCAAGCUGCAACUGCAGCUUCUGCAGAACCUAAAAAAGAUGAAAAAAAAACAAACAAAGAAACAAAAAAAUCCCCUGAAAUAUCUAAAAGAAAACAGACUACCAAAAGUAGUGAACAAAAGAAAGAUUAA